GUUAGCUGGUGCUUACACUUGCUUCUGACACAACCGUGUUCACUAGCAACUACACAAACAGCCACCAUGGUGCAUCUGACUGCUGAUGAGAAGGCCGCUGUCUCUGGCCUGUGGGGCAAGGUGAAUGUGGAUGAAGUUGGUGGUGAGGCCCUGGGCAGGCUGCUGGUGGUCUACCCCUGGACUCAGAGGUUCUUCACCUCCUUUGGGGACCUGUCCAAUGCCGCUGCUGUGAUGGGCAAUAGUAAGGUGAAGGCCCAUGGCAAGAAAGUGCUGAACUCCUUCGGCGAGGGUCUGAAGAAUCUCGACAACCUGAAGGGCACCUUUGCUAGCCUGAGUGAACUGCAUUGUGACAAGCUGCACGUGGAUCCUGAGAACUUCAAGCUCCUGGGCAACGUGCUGGUGGUUGUUCUGGCUCGCCACUUUGGCAAAGAAUUUACCCCUCAGGUGCAGGGUGCCUUCCAGAAGCUGGCACUUGGUGUGGCCACUGCCCUGGCUCACAAGUACCACUGAGUCCUGGCCUGUGUCCUGGUGACCUUUGGAAAACUCUCUUUCUCCAGAUUCUGAUUUCUUAACUUGGGGAAGUAAUGCCCAUUCUCAAGAGUCUGGCUUCUGCCUAAUAAAGAACUUUCAGCUCAA